AAACUUUAACUUUGAAGAUCACCAUCUGGUCCAUCCCAACAGUCAAGUUCCACACAUCUACAACCCUUUAGCAAGGCACUGGAAAAACACAGUACAUAUGACAAGGCUUUUAUAGAUUUAUCUUUUCUGUAAUUGAUUUAUACCAUGGAGAAAUAUGAGAAGAUAGGUAAGAUAGGGGAAGGAUCUUAUGGCAUUGUGUUUAAAUGUCGGAACCGUGACUCGGGACAAAUUGUGGCCAUCAAAAAAUUUGUCGAGUCAGAAGAUGACCCGCUGAUCAAGAAAAUCGCGCUGAGGGAAAUCAGAAUGUUAAAGCAAUUGAAACACAACAACUUGGUGAACCUGAUUGAAGUUUUCCGUCGAAAACGCAAAUUACAUCUCGUGUUCGAGUAUUGUGAUCAUACAGUUUUAAAUGAAUUGGACAAACACAUGAGAGGAGUACCAGAACAUCAUGUUAAACGUAUUGUUUGGCAAGUUCUUCAAGCUGUUCACUUUUGCCAUCAGCAUAAUUGUAUACAUCGUGAUGUAAAACCAGAGAACAUAUUAAUUACAAAGCAAGGUGUAAUCAAGUUGUGUGACUUUGGAUUUGCAAGAAUUUUAACUGGUCCUGGCGACGAUUACACCGACUAUGUGGCCACUAGGUGGUACAGAGCACCUGAGCUCCUCGUCGGGGACACUCAGUAUGGCCCUCCAGUGGAUGUGUGGGCAAUAGGUUGCGUAUUUGCCGAGUUGUUGUGCGGACAGGCAUUAUGGCCGGGGAAAUCAGAUGUGGACCAGUUGUAUUUAAUACAAAGAACUUUAGGGGAUUUGAUUCCUCGUCACAAACAAAUAUUCAGCACCAACCAAUUCUUUCAUGGACUUACCAUUCCUGAACCUGAUUCAAGGGAACCAUUAGAAAUGAGAUAUCCAGGCAUUAACACACAAGCUCUUAGUUACAUGAAGGCUUGCCUCCAAAUGGAUCCCAGUGCUCGCUCACCAUGCGAUGAGUUAUUAGAGCACGGGUACUUUGACACAUUCCGUGAAGAAGUAAAGGAACAACAGCACCACCACCACCAUAAACCUCAUAGGAGACGAAACAGACGCAACCACGCGGUAACAAAAUCCAACCAUUCUCUGUUCCCACACCUUCUUCCCACACUGACAGGCAACCCCCUCUCAAAUUCAUCCUCACCCGCCCCUGACCACCAGAAAGGCCAUGGGAAAGACGGCCCACAGCUCCGCCACAAAUACCAACCCCUACACCGCUUACCCAACAUUUGAACCCAUGGGUAACCCCCAAGAACCCCACAAACCCCAUUUUUACAUCCUACCUCAGAGCAGGCAUGGCACCCCUUAUACUCUCGCUAAUUGGCUGUAAUCUAACAUUGAUGGGGAAUUCUCCCCUGAUACCUCCACAACACCCAACAUUCCACGCUUGUAUGCAAUCGGUCGUACAAAAGUUACGACGCAUAAUUAAUUGCUCAGGUUCUAAUUUCACUGUGUGUAUAACCACCCCAAGAAAAAAGUUUAAUUUUUCACAAAAUCCAUUUGAAACUGCCCUGUCUAUGAUGUCAUAAACCCCAGUAUUUGGUGUGGACUUUAUUCAGAAACACAAUCAUUUAAAAACUAAAAAAAUUGUCUAAAUUUUAAAAAAUAUUGUCAAAAUUUUUCACACAGAAAGUAAUGUAAUAGUUUUGACUUUAGUUGUAACUACAUAAACGGACCAAAACAGGUUGAAUUUUUUCACAUUUUAACCCCUUUAAUAUAUCUACACCUAUAAAAAUAUCGCUUGCCCAUAGGCGCCAAACCUGGGGUGGCAGGUGGGCAUGCCAACCCUAAAUUUUCAAAACAUUAAUCAGUAAACAUUAUAACCAAAAAGUUAAAUUCAUUUCACAGAAAUAUGCUCCCAACUAUCCCUGCCUUCCCUGGAUUUUAAAAAGUUUGGCGCCUAUGCCCUUGCCAAUUCUUAUUAAUCCUAAUAUAACCAAACAGUUUAAUGUCCAAGUUUUUGGAUUGCUGCUAAAACAACCACAGAAAUCGACUUUUUUCUUGCCGCUCAGCAAUAGUGUGGCUAUUUUCGCAAUGUUUUAAACCCUGUGUACAGUUCAAGGUAGCAUAAGUUUAGUACUUCAUGUUCCACGAUUUCCCUGUUUUACAAUAGCAGUGCUAAUGUGUUCAUUGUCUAAAGUGGUUAGUGGCAUCAUUUUCGGUCUGUACAAGAGGCUUUAUCAGAUAUUACAUAAAUGACUUUUUUGGAAAUUACAUGAAAUAAUAUUUAUUUAGUUAAAAAGUUACAUACGUGGUAACUCUCAAGCUGGCACGAGGUGUAUAAACAAAACACCCAUGUUAUAACAGCUAUAAUUGCUCCGCCACUCGAGGAUUAAUCAAGUUAAAUUGAUUUUUUACAUAAAAUAACUUACUGGUUUAGACAUUACAUAAAACUCAUGUAUUUAAAACCUACACAACCAUACUUUUGGCAGUGGACAUUCAUUUUUGCUUCUUUGUAAAACAUGGGAGAUGCUAUUCACAUUAUGUGACAUCCAUUAUGUAAAAAUAAUCACCAUUAUGUUGUUGUAUAUCAUUUGACAAUCGUGACAAAAUUUGCACAGAGCUAAUUUCACUGCACUGUAUGAUGUUGUAUAUAGUUAUCAUAACAGUGUGGUAUUUUGUAUUUUUUUAAGCAGCGCGCACACAACUACAAUCCAAGUAUGCAUCUGCAUACUAAAUGGCAAGCAUAAAACAUCCAUGAACAUUUAGAUAACUUUUAUUUUAUAUAAAUCAACUUUUAAGUUAUGUACAAAUUACAGCUUUAAACCUGUGGCCUUAAAAUAGCGAAAAAAUACUUUUAAACGCAGGUAUUUAUUGCUGUAAAUAGAGCAUACAGUAUAAAUGUUUCUUUGCUUUUCCCGGGUGUGAUUCUCAUUUAUUUUAUUUGAGAUUUUUUCACGUUUACACUGAUUAGGCACUACUCACUUUAUUAAUUUAGUAUUUUAUUUCACACAUCAUCUAUGUAUUAGGCAACUGUAGUGUCUAAUCAUUUCAAAUAAAAUAUAUUUGCACGA